CGACUGUGACAGGGAUCGAUAAUCUGUUCGAUAAUCAGUGACCCAACUGUCGGAUGUUUUGGCUAGGGCUCACUGACAUUUCACUGGCCCUACAAAAUGGAUGUUUUUGAACAUUAAAGAAUUUCGCCAUGAUCUGAUGUAAAACUGGUGUAUAUUAAACAAAUGAUUGGUUCAAGUGUUCAACAGAAUUUUCGUGAUAGGUUAAGGAACUAGUUCCCGCUACAUUUAGGCGCCAGGUCCCUAGCUCGCCAUGCCUCCCAAGCUUGAUCCUACUGCCGUCACUUAUUGUUACCUAAGAGUUAUUGGUGGUGAGGUUGGUGCAACAUCGUCUUUAGCGCCGAAGAUCGGUCCUCUUGGCUUAUCUCCUAAAAAGGUCGGUGACGAUAUCGCAAAAGCCACUCAAGAAUGGAAAGGUCUUCGUAUUUGUGUCAAAUUGACUAUCCAAAAUCGACAAGCGACCAUCAGUGUUGUCCCUACCGCUUCUUCUCUUAUAAUUAAAGCCCUUAAGGAAGAGCCUCGUGAUAGGAAGAAAGUGAAGAACAUUAAACACAAUGGGAAUUUGACAUUUGAUGAAAUAAUAGAGAUUGCACGAAUAAUGAGGCCUAGAAGUAUCGCUCGUGAACUUUCUGGAACAGUAAAAGAGGUUCUGGGAACGGCACGAUCGGUUGGCUGUACAGUUGAUGGAGAGUCCCCUCAAGUCAUGAUCGAAAAAGUAAAUGCCGGGGAAAUAUCGGUACCUGCAGCGUAGAUGCAAAUAAACUUUUGAACUGGCCAAUCCUGUUUACAAUCAAACUACUGUUUGGAAUGAAAAUAUUUAUAGAUUUAUCCUAGUUCUUCAGAAAGACAACAACUUCAAGUUAUUCAAUCUGAUAAAUAAGGCUUAAUAAGAACAAGAAUAACAACUGGCCUUCGAAAGAAGUGUACAUUUAUGCUUGGUUAAAAAACAACAACGUUACAAGUACUUGUCUUGUGUUGAAUUUGUUCAAACAGAUGUUGUUCUGAAAGGUGUAUGAUAUAAUGAAGAUUAUUGUUUUUUUAUAUU